CCCAUUAUAUAACCAGCUAUUGAGAAAGAGAAGAGAGUGAAAGUAAAGUUUAAAGACUCCCGGAGCAAGGCUGGGAGAGAUUCUGCAGCCCAGAGUCAACUACUCCUGCAUAUUUCCCUCCGGAUUCUCUCCAAGGCUGGGUCCAGCUCCCAAAUUCCCUCCUUCCCAGUUCCCAGUCUUUUGGAGUCAUUUUAACAGAAGUUUUUGGAAGGCGGGGAUCCUACCUUAUGCAUCCCAGCAUCUCCUGUGCUUGGGGCAAUGCCUGGCACCUGACACAGCUGAUAUUUGUUAAAUCAUUGAAUGUAUCACAAACACCAAAUCAACAGGCGUGGGGCUUCUACAGAAUAUGGCGGAUUCAUGGCGCACUUGCUGCAGCCUCAGUCUUCUUUCUGUUCAGGCCUUAAUUCCGUACCUCUUGAUCCUAUAACUGUAGUUCCUUGACUACAGGACUAUGGAGUUUUAGUCAAUACGCUAUGGUCCCUAUCGCAAUGCUCCACAAAGGUGUAUUGGGUAAUUAGAAUUAAUUAGAAUUAAUACCCUUCUGUUGACUUCGCCAUAGAGUUUUCUCUGCCUCGGUUGCCUAAGGAUUAGGCUGGGAUAGGAUGGGGCUGGUCAUGGGUGGAGUCCGCAUGGGUGAUUUAGGGUAAGUAAGUUAACGACACACAUGAGAAGGAGAAAUGAGCACUUGCCUUCCAGGUGGGGAUGUUAAAAAUGAUUCAACAACAACAACAAAGAUUAAACAGCACUUUGCAAACAGUGACAAUAACAUGUUGUGGCUGACUAGCAGGAUGGGGGAAGUUAAGUUUCCUAUAGCCCCAAAGAACUGUUAAGAAAAAUAUUUGUGGAACUAGUCCUCCUUGGUAAUGCUCCACCAGGGAGGGCGAAGGCAGCCGAUGAGUGGGAGGUGCACCUGGGACACGUCCCAGAUGACACUGUUCAGGCCUCCGUUGUGGUGGGUACACGGUGGGGAGUGGGGACUGAGGAGCUGGCCAGGUGAAACCCCAUCACAAUGACCACAGUAACAAUGUCACCGCUUGAACUCCUAAAUUAUAUUGCUAUCUAAGCCUGAUUCAGCUGUAUAGGUAGCAAUGUUGAGUAUGUCUGAUUCCCAAAGAACAAAGGCUUUUUUAACAGAGCUUCUCAAAGGGGAGUAAGCAAAAGGUUCACCUGUGGAGGCGGGGGGGUUGCUUGUUCAAAAUGCAGAUUCCAAAACCCUCAUCCAGAAGUUUCUGUUAGAAGGUCUAGGACAGUGGUGCUCAACCAGGGGUAUUUUGUCCCCCAGGGAACAUUGAGCAAUGUCUGGAGACAAGUUUGGUUGACACAACUUAGGUGGAAGGGUUUGGCAUCUAGUGAUUAGAGACCAGAGAUGCUACUAAACAUCCCACGUUGCACAGAACAGCCUCCAAAACAAAGAAUUAUGGCCCAAAUGUCAAUAGUGCCAGGGUUAGAACAUCUUCUAGAAUAAGGCCUAGGAAGGUGCAUCUUAACAAGGGCCUCAGCGGAUUUCAGUGCAGGAAGUAGAAGCCCUGAGUUGGAAAGACCUAGACAAUGCCUGUCUUUUUCUUAUAAGGGCAUCACUAUCCGAGUUCCCUUUUUGCCCAACUCCUCUUCCCUAUUGAGCACUCAGCUUUGACCUGACUCUCCUCAUGAAGCCCUGCCUGAUAACCAUCCUCCCUUCCUCCAGGUCCAGGUCACCUGCCCCUGCUAAGUACAGCUCCUGCCCCAGCACACAUCAUUUGCCCCUUUAAAUGUUUGUCUCUCCCACUGGAACGAGAGCUCCUUGAGAGCAAGGUCCAGGCUCAGACCCGUCCGCAGCACCUCAAAAGGUGCCUGGCCUGCAGCAGGGCUCUAUAAGCACAUGUUGGCUUGAACACGCCUCAGCUGGAAGGACGUCUCCUGCCCUGAGCCCAGAGCUGCCGCCUCUUUCAGAUGCUGUCACAGGACCCAACAGCAACAUCUUCAUGGGGCUUAUCACUCUGAAAUUAUCUUGUUUAUCUGUUUGCUUACUUUUCAUUCAUUCAAAAAAUAUUUUCUUGGGCACCUACUAUGCGUCAUGUCCUUUGCCAUCAUUGGGCUAUAAUAGUAAACAAGAGGCAAAAAUCCCUCCUCCCAACAGAACUUAUACUCUAGAGGGGGAACUUGGCCAAUAAACAAAAUGGAAAACUGUAUAUAAUAUGAUGUGUGACAUUGGUAAGCCCAGGGGAGAAAAAUAAAAUAGAGAAAUGGGAUAGGGAGUGGGGCUGUGUGCGUGAAAUUGUACGUAAAGGAGGCCUCGGGGAGGUGACAUUUAAGCAAAGACUGGAUAUCUGGGGGUGACUUGAGUGCUCCCCCAUUAGAAUAUAAACAGUAAGAGGACCAGGAUCUUUCCUUUCUCUACAGCUGCUGUGUCUCCAGAACAGGCACAUAGUAGGUGCUCAAUAAAUACUCUUUGAACAAAACAAAGAGAAGAAUAUGCUAUUAAAAUAUCCAGGAGGCAGAUGGGAGAUGACCGAGAACGUGGCAGGGUAGGGGCAUUAAACUUAAGGGGAGUGGAGGACAUCUUUGUGGUCAGACUAAGAGACGCAGAGGAGUGGAGGAUGGAGGUCAUCACUGGAUAAGGUGCCCUCCCCUUUUCCUGCCCAAAGCAAACCCAAGUUCUUACCCUCCUAAUGUUGUUAAAGGUCCCCGCUGGUCAGCUAACCCGGCCCCCUGCGUCUCCCUUCCCAGCGGCGGAGUUAAGCCAUCACCCUGCCCCCUUUUCUCGCGCAUCUCCUCCCUUCUCAUCCCCUCCCUGGAGGGGUGUCCCCGCGCCUGGUGGGCAAAUUCUUGCACCAGCGAAGAGGGCGCACCGAGGAGCCCUAGCCCGGCGGCACGCCCGGGUCCCCGCCCCCAGCCCCUCUCCCUGGCGGGACACUGUCCCUUUAAUAGACUCCCUCUGCCUGGCGCUCUGCGGCUGGGGAGUAAAUUUCUCCCUGUCAUCAGGUCGCGGGGAGAGGAGGAGGAGGAGGAGUUUGUUAAUGUUCAGUUUGUUCAGCGGGAUCGAUGUUUGCUGGCAUCGCCUCGCCCUGUCUUGUGUGUGUGUGAGAGUGUGUGUGUGUGUGUUUGUGUGUGUGUGCAUAUGUGGGGGGUGUGAGUGUGUGUGAGAGGAAGCGAGAGUGCGUGCGUGUGUGUGUGUGUGUGUGUCUGUGUGUGUCUGUGUGUGUGUGAGUGUGUGUGAGUGAAUUCCAGAUUUUCUGUCUUUCCCAAACCCGCUCCUGUCCUCUCGCAUAUCACUCACAGACGGGGAUCUGACAGCAGCCACAAACCUACAGUGAGUGAUCUCUCUCUCCCCCCAGCACGAAUCCGCCAUAGAGAUCGGCGAGGAGGAGGAAGAGGAGGAGGAGGAGGUGGUGGUGGAGGAGGAGGAGGAGGGAAAGAGAAGGAAGAAGAAGAGAAAGAAGAAGAAACCACUACCUUCCCAGGAUUGCCUUUUUUUUCCUUAUCUUUACGCGCGCGUGUGCGUGUGGCGCGUGUGCGCCCCUCGUCCCUUCCAUCCGAACCCGGUCUUGGAUGUUUAAUAAAGAAAUCAAGUGUCUCAACAGUCACCAAAAAAAAAAAAAACAAAAAAAAAUUUCCAAAAAGCAAAAACAAAAAGAGAGAGAGAGAGGAAAAAAAAUCAAAACAAACAAACAAGGCAGAACCAACCUCUACUUCAAACCAGCCGGCGCAAGCCACCCGUGUCUGCCGCCCAGAGAGGGGGGUCUCUGGUCCGUGGUGGAGGAGUUGCAGGGGGGAUCGUCAGGGGGACAGAGGCCGAGUGACGCCCUAGGAGCCACCGGGCAGGAGGCGGAGGAGACCCAGAGAGGAGAGAGAGACAGCGGGCCCCCGCGCGCUGCUCGGGGCUGGGGCGCCAGAAGUGGGACUGGAGCGAAGUAGAGCGAUGCCAAGGAGGAAACAACAGGCACCCAAGCGGGCGGCAGGCUACGCCCAGGAGGAACAGCUGAAGGAAGAGGAGGAAAUAAAAGAAGAGGAGGAGGAGGAGGAAGACAGUGGUUCUGUGGCUCAGCUUCAGGGCAGCAAUGACCCAGGGACAGACGAGGAGCUAGAAACGGGCCCAGAGCAGAAAGGCUGCUUCAGCUACCAGAACUCUCCAGGAAGUCAUUUGUCCAAUCAGGAUGCUGAGAAUGAGUCUCUGCUGAGCGAUGCCAGUGAUCAGGUGUCAGACAUCAAGAGCGUCUGUGGUCGAGAUGCCUCAGACAAGAAAGCAAGCAUGCACCCCAAGCUUCCAAAUGAAGCCCACAAUUGCAUGGAUAAAAUGACUGCUGUCUAUGCCAACAUCUUGUCUGAUUCCUACUGGUCAGGCCUUGGUCUCGGCUUCAAGCUGUCCAACAGCGAGAGGAGGAAUUGUGACACCCGAAAUGGCAGCAACAAGACUGAUUUUGAUUGGCACCAAGACGCUCUGUCUAAAAGCCUGCAGCAGAACUUGCCUUCCAGAUCUGUGUCAAAGCCCAGCCUGUUCAGCUCCGUCCAGCUGUACCGGCAGAGCAGUAAGAUGUGUGGGACUGUGUUCACAGGGGCCAGUAGAUUCCGGUGUCGGCAAUGCAGUGCUGCCUAUGACACCUUGGUCGAGCUGACUGUGCACAUGAACGAAACGGGCCACUAUCAAGAUGACAACCGCAAAAAGGACAAGCUUAGACCCACGAGCUAUUCAAAGCCCCGGAAAAGGGCUUUCCAGGAUAUGGACAAGGAGGAUGCUCAAAAGGUUCUGAAAUGUAUGUUUUGUGGCGACUCCUUCGAUUCCCUCCAAGAUUUGAGCGUCCACAUGAUAAAAACAAAACAUUACCAAAAAGUGCCUUUGAAGGAGCCAGUACCAACCAUUUCAUCGAAAAUGGUCACUCCGGCAAAGAAACGCGUCUUUGAUGUCAAUCGGCCAUGUUCCCCCGAUUCAACCACAGGGUCAUUUGCAGAUUCGUUUUCUUCUCAGAAGAAUGCCAACUUGCAUUUGUCCUCCAACAACCGCUAUGGCUACCAAAACGGCGCCAGUUACACCUGGCAGUUUGAAGCCUGCAAGUCCCAGAUCUUAAAGUGUAUGGAGUGUGGGAGCUCCCACGACACCUUGCAGCAGCUCACCACCCACAUGAUGGUCACAGGUCACUUUCUCAAGGUCACCAGCUCUGCCUCCAAGAAAGGGAAGCAGCUGGUGUUAGACCCCCUAGCUGUGGAGAAAAUGCAGUCAUUGUCAGAUGCCCCAAACAGUGAUUCUCUGACUCCCAAGCCAUCAAGUAAUUCAGCUUCUGACUGUACAACCUCUACAACUGAAUUGAAAAAAGAGAGUAAAAAAGAAAAGCCAGACGAGAUCAACAAGGAAGAGAAGGUCCUGAAAAGCGAGGAAUACGAAGACCCUCUACAAAAACCUUUAGACCCUACAAUAAAAUAUCAAUAUCUAAGGGAGGAGGAUUUGGAAGAUGGUACAAAGGGUGGAGGGGACAUUUUGAAGUCCUUGGAAAAUACUGUUACCACAGCCAUCAACAAAGCCCAAAAUGGGGCUCCCAGCUGGAGCGCAUACCCCAGCAUCCAUGCAGCCUACCAGCUGUCGGAGGGCACCAAGCCAUCUUUGCCUAUGGGGUCCCAGGUACUGCAGAUUCGGCCCAAUCUCUCCAACAAGUUAAGGCCAAUUGCACCAAAGUGGAAAGUCAUGCCACUGGUUUCUGUGCCCACGAACCUGGCCCCAUACACUCAAGUUAAGAAGGAGCCUGAAGACAAAGAUGAAGUCGUGAAGGAGUGUGGGAAAGAAAGUCCCCAUGAAGAGGCGUCCUCUUUCAGCCACAAUGAGGGGGAUUCUUUCUCCAAAAGCGAACCCCCUGCAGAAUCCAAAACGGCUGAGCCCUGUCUCCUGAAAGAGGAGGACAAGCUAAUGAAAGAGGGCGGUGAGAAAGAGAAGCCCCAGCCCUUGGAGCCAGUGUCUUCUCUUAGCAACGGAUGUGCCCUCGCCAACCAUGCUUCGGCCCUGCCGUGCAUCAACCCGCUAAGCGCCCUGCAGUCUGUCUUGAACAAUCACCUGGGCAAAGCCACGGAACCCUUGCGCUCUCCUUCCUGCUCCAGCCCAAGCUCAAGCACAAUGUCUAUGUUUCACAAGUCGAAUCUCAGCGUCAUGGACAAGCCAGUUUUGAGUCCUGUCUCCUCGAGGCCGGCCAGCGUGUCCAGGCGCUAUCUGUUUGAGAACAAUGAUCAGCCCAUCGACCUGACCAAGUCCAAAAGCAAGAAAGCUGAGUCCUCGCAAGCACAAUCCUGCACGUCCCCACCUCAGAAGCAUGCUCUGUCUGACAUUGCUGACAUGGUCAAAGUCCUCCCCAAAGCCACCACCCCAAAGCCUGCCGCCUCCUCGAGGGUCCCUCCCAUGAAGCUGGAAAUGGAUGUCAGGCGCUUUGAGGAUGUCUCCAGCGAAGUCUCGACUUUGCAUAAGAGAAAAGGCCGGCAGUCCAACUGGAACCCACAGCAUCUUCUGAUCUUGCAAGCUCAGUUUGCCUCGAGCCUCUUCCAGACAUCCGAGGGCAAAUACCUGCUGUCCGAUCUGGGCCCACAAGAGCGAAUGCAGAUCUCAAAGUUUACGGGACUCUCUAUGACCACUAUCAGCCACUGGCUGGCCAACGUCAAGUACCAACUUAGGAAAACAGGCGGGACAAAAUUUCUAAAAAACAUGGACAAAGGACACCCUAUCUUUUAUUGCAGUGACUGUGCCUCCCAGUUUAGAACCCCUUCUACCUACAUCAGUCACUUAGAGUCUCACCUAGGUUUCCAAAUGAAGGACAUGACCCGCAUGGCCGUGGAACAGCAAAGCAAGGUGGAGCAAGAGAUUUCCCGGGUGUCGUCGGCUCAGAGGUCUCCGGAAACAAUAGCUGGCGAAGAGGACACAGACUCUAAAUUCAAGUGUAAGUUGUGCUGUCGGACAUUUGUGAGCAAACAUGCAGUAAAACUCCACCUAAGCAAAACGCACAGCAAGUCACCCGAACACCAUUCACAGUUUGUAACAGACGUGGAUGAAGAAUAGCCUGCAGGACAAAUGCCUUAGUUUCAACUUUCCAGCCUGGAUCCCCCUCACACUGAGUCCUUCUUCGUGGCACCACCGGCUUCUGACAUUGAACUCCUCCUGACACCCUGCUCUGAGAAGACUGCCAAAAAAAAAAACCACCCCCGCCAUUUCUCUUCAUCCUCACUAACAAUUUGGUAAUGAAGUAUUGAUUUCCACUUCUCUGGUUACGGACGAUAUUAGAUUUUCAUUGAUAAACUGCAAUGGGGCUGUCUUGUCUCCACGGUCCCCUUUUCACUGUCACGAGAAAACAAAGUGCCACUGAAGAAAAAUAACGACCGAGAACAUUGAUGUACUUAUUUUGUCAGUUUGUAACACUUGACAGGAAAGGGUGGGGAAAGUGUAAGUCUUCCUAGUUUAAUGUCCACGUGGGCUGCACUAUAUGUAGAAGCUUGGGAGCAUACUUUUCAUGGUAAUGUCCAUUUCCUAUUUAUAACCCCUCUGGGAACGUUUGUCUAAAGGAAAUGUUUCUGUUCAGUGCAACAAUUACAGUUGCACCUGGAUUGCCCAGUCCUGCCCCUGCACUGGGGAGCCAUUAGUCACCACAAAGUGGAAGAAUUAUUAAGUUAAACCAUAGUUUGAGCCAAGAAAACCUCUGAACAAUGUUCAUCUUCUGUGAAAGUUGUUCAAAUAGUUAGGCUUAACCAUGUCGCUGCCAAAGACUUUUUCCCAUGCAGUGGUAGGCAUCUCUACUAUCAUCAUUAUCUUAAUUGGUUAAAAAUAAUAAUUUUAAGCAUGCAUCACUGUCAUAGGAGACCCGCAUAUCGGGAGAAUUGGGGAAAUUGGUGAAUCCGAGAGAAAGCAAGAAGAUGAGAUCACCGCAGCGUGGAAAGUUCAGCAGCAGCCUUUCCUGGUAAUCUCUUUGUGCGGGACCCGCUGUUGACGAGCUCUAACACGCUGCUCAGCUUCCGAAGCAACAGAAAGCAUGAAACAGGGUGUCCAUUUUAAAUGUGUUCCUGCAACUUUUUUCAUUAAAACUUUGAGGGCCCAAUUUUAAUUUGUGGAAUAUUCCCGUUAAUAAUGAGAUCUAAUUAAGACAUCCAUUAAAAGCCCGUUAAAGUUAAUUUAACGUAAAAAUUCCAAUAGAACUGUAUUAGAUUUUCUCCAUUAAAUUAACGUUAUGGAUUUUUAACGGAUGUCUUAAUUAUACGUUAUUAUUAACGGGAAUACUGUAUUACACAGAUUAAAAUCAGGUCCUAAGUCAACUUGGAAAAGCUCAGAGCAUGUUUUAAUAUUAAAAGUCUUGCAUACCUAGCGCACAGUUUGGAAAUUGCAGGGGCAGAUCUGUUUACUCUAGAUGAGCAUUUUCUAUACAACCAAAAGCAACCUAUAAUAGAUAAAUCCAUCAUUGCAUUUAAACAAUGAAUUUCUUUAUUCUCAAAGGACAAAUAAGUCUGGAUUGUGUCGUAAACUGCUACUCAGCUAUCGGUGAAAAAUUUAAACUAUUCUAGGCACAACACUAGGAACUAGAUGAUUCUGAAACAAACCAACUAUUUUCUGUUGUUGCUUUAAUUACCAAGGUUAUCACAAAAAAAAAUCUCAACACUAACAAAAUGAAACCAGAUAUAUCCAAAUAUAUCCUUUUUACCAUUUCUCGUAGAGGCUGCCUGUUGGAAUUGUUUUGGAAAUUUUGACAUGAUCCCUAAAUUCAACAUUGGGAUUAAAAAAAAAAAAAAACUUCUUAUUUACCUCCUAGGGAAAGUGUUGCCCUUAUGCCACAUAUAAUAGCAAAUUGCUUUUUUUAUGGCUUGCAUAACCUAGAUGGGAAAAAAUAUGGCGCUUCGGGGAAGGAGGGAAAAAGUAAAUGAAGUUCCAGGAAUGUCAUUCUGAAGUAAUGAGGCAUGGACAGAAAAUAUACCCCUCACAUCAUCGGAUUGAGAUGGCAGUCGAAAUAGCUUCAUUGAAGUGUCAGCACUCAUCCAUCAAUCAAUCAGCCACAAGGAAAAAUAGCAACCGUACAACGGGGCGGCUUUUAUGGGAUUUACUCAUGGGCAUAGGGAAUAGCGGCUCAAAUGUAGUUCUGACAUGAAAAGCAAGGUGCUGAUAUUAUUUUUUAUGAUGGGAGGAUCAUAAAGUGAAUUGAGAACAGCGAGGUCUGUCUUUGCUUAACCUAUUCAACCAGAAAUGAAUGGAGCUCGACUGGAAAGGGACCAUCUUCCGAUGGGUUAAGAUUGAAGAGUGGACUCUACCGAGCACUGUCCUUCGACAUUGCAGUUCUAUUAAAAGAAAAUCAAUGCAUUGGCGUUGGGGUUCUUGAAGCUGUUAAAAAUUGCCUGCUCCAACCCAGGGUUAUUAGAUAAAGUUACAUAAUUCAGAUUCUGCCACAACCGUCCAAAAGCAGAUUCUUGAGCUCUUCCUUCAACUGGGGGGAGACGACACAAUUCUCAACUCCGUGGAAAUUGUUUCCCUUCUAAGAAAGAAAAAAUAAAUCCUCUGCUUCAAUAUAUAAUCUAUAUGGUUUUGUUAGCGCAAUUUCUUUGCAGGGGUGGAGUGGGAGACAAGAGACAAAAAUAUUGAUAAAUUUGGUAAGACUCAUGAAUUGUCGCUUGGUAACCGUAAAUGUCACUGCUGAGGGACAGCUGCCAAUGUUCUCCUUAGGAAACAAGAUCUGGGCUCGCAUUGUGAGAUACACACAGCUCUCAGUGUAUUCCUAGAGAACAGGCCUGUCUUCAUUUGGUAAGCCCUGUGAGGCUUCUAGAAACUUCUUUCUGGAUGGAAAAACUAACAUGAACUCAGGAAAAUGUUUUUACCUGCUUUCAUACCAUUCUUUUCCUCUCUCUGAAUAAACGUAGUUCUGAUAAACUGGAACUUUAGAUGUGGAAAGGAAGAUGACAUGCAAAUAGCAUGCAAAUUACACUCAAGUAUCUCCAUUCCGCCACCAGCUCUUAGUAUCAGUGAAGAUGAGAGAUCGCCUUUCCCUCUCUAUCCCUCUUUCUAGCUAAGGCCACCAACCAGCUGCAAAUUGAAAUGUCCAUUGAAAAGACUGUACAUAAAUAUUUAAGUGCUAUGUAUUUGGCCCCAUUUUGUAGUUCAGCAAAUUCACCAAAUAUACAGCAUGUUGCAAAGCACAGGGGACACAAGGCAGAACAGGAAACACAAUUUAUUCAACAAAUUUAUUCCACCAAUAUUAGUGGGCACCUACUCUGUGCACAACACAGUUCUAGGUGCUGUGGGACACAACAGUGAACAAUUCAACAACAUCGUGGUCCUCCUGUGGUUUACAGCAGCACCUCAAGGUAGCUGAGACCAGAGACCCAGAGAGGCGCUCACACGGGGUCUAACUCCCCUCGUGUUUUAUUCUUGUUUUUCAAAAUAAUGAUAUUUCAGAAUAGGGAAUUCUCCUUCUGAAAAGCAUACAGGGAGGAAAUAGCUUAAAAAUAUGUCAAGGCCUAAAAGCAGAAUAUAAUCAUAGAAUAAAUUGCAUAGCCUAGACGGUCCCCACAGAAUUUUUUUAAGGUCACAAAUAGAUUUCUUAAAACUCACCCCCAAAAUGUGCCUGCUCCAUUGUUGGAGUCUUGCAUAAUUAAUGUCACAGGCACAAGCUGCUGAACUGAGUUGAAAUGCAGAAAACAAACAAAUGAAAUGACAUAUUUGGGAAGCAUUUAUGUAACUCUGGUUAAGGAGUGAGGAGGUAUGUGUGAGAGUGUGCGUGUGUGUGCGUGCGUAUUCAUAUAGAUAUAUGAAUCUCACUAUUGUUUUCCAGGGUCUAUGCAAAGUCCACAAGUAAGAGUCUAUGAUUUUCUGAAACUUUUCACAGUAAAUCCAAAGAUUGCAAGGCCUGACGAGGUGCUUGCAUUCCGUGGCUUUUCCAUCUGUCACUUCCCAGGUUAUUUGACUGUUAUUUGGUAUUCAAAGCUUUUUCAUCAGGUUUCAUUUUUCUAAGCUUGUUAAAUGUUUUUGUUAAAAAAAACAUUAAAAAUGUCAUUUUCACUUUAUCUUCUAUUCUCUGCAACAAGAAUAGAAGUGUGUUGAUGAAUGCUAAAAUAAUAAUAAGGAAAUCUAUCGCAGGCUUUAAACACACACACACAUAUAUGUAAUUCUAAAGAGCAAUAAAAGCAGUAUCUUUUUUGAACAUGCAUUAGGCAAAAAAAAAACAAAUCACAGCUAAACUUUCGCUUUAUUAUUUUUCCCCUGUGAGAUGUUAAAAUGCUAAUUUCAUUUUCUCCCUUCCUAUAUGUGGCACUUUCUCAAAAUAUCCAGAAAUACUUUUAGACAAAGAUUGAGCAGGAGAAAGAGAUACAAAUUUCCAUCCCCCCAGACAGAGAGACAUGUUUCCAUUGUAAGGAAGCACUGAACAUUUUGAAACUUGUGAAUCAUCUUUAGAAAUUUCUACAGGGGAAUUUUACCUCUUCAUCCAAAGUAAAAGCCACUUAGCUCCUUUGGUUUCCUGUGACAGAUCCAGAGGCACACGCAGAUAGACAAUUUCCAGGCUCUGGUUCAUCUUCCAAUAGUUACGAACAAUGGGCUAACGGGCGUGGAUGUUUCUCCAAAAAUUAUUCAUGCACAAGGCAGCCCAAAGCUUCAGGGAAAACUGGAAAUGUUUUAUGGAUUAGAAAAGGACUGUUUUAAAAUGCUAGUACCAGGUGGAACGUUAUUUCUGCGACAGAACUCUGUCCAUUUCCUUUGGAAAAAUAUAUUCCAAGUAAAAUGGCUCUUCCAAGUAAUGGCGCCCUGAUCUGACAACUUUCAGCACAUCAAUGAUUUUACCAAUAGCCAUAUGAUUAUCAUUAAGGCCUUUUAAAAAACGAUCUGUUUGAAAAAGACAGAUUAAAUACAGCCCUUUGUACGAUGUUUAUUUGCUUAAAACCUCUUUUGGAAGUACAAAGAAUAACUCUUUUGUGAGAACCCCCAAGAGAAAUUGAAAAAUUUGAACAAACGCAUUACUUAAAAAAAAAAUCUACCACUCCCUUCAACCCCUCCAGAAAAUGAAUUUCAAUGUGUUCACUGAAUUAUCUUGAACCUGGAAACCACAUUUGGCUAUCGGUCCCCAAGCAAAGGCUUAUAUUUACAGAACUUGAACAAUCCUACAAUUAUAUCUCAAAUGUGAAGGUUUCGUACAGUAAUAUUUUCACUUUCUAAACAACCCACACAACAUUCAGGAAUUAUUAACAUGUAUGUAUAUUUUUUAAAUACACAAGGUUCACCAGGUCUGCAGAAAAGACAUAAAAACUUUUCCCACUCUACAUUGAGGUAAAUACUACAGAAACAUUCCAGUGUUUUGCGAUACAAUAUUUUGGCUUAUCACACAUCAGAUGCUAGAAUGUGCAAUGCAAGUCAAAAAAAGCUGACAUACGAAACAAUUCUCAUUUGGCUCAGGGUUCUUAAAUGUCAUACGAUCUCGGGAUACAAUAUACUUUUUGGUCUCUGAUGUACUGGUAUCCUUAUAAUCCCUUCUGGCUUUGGUUCCUAACAGCCAGGCACUGUCAGCGUGAAUUAUAAACUUCCAACCCCCUUUAAAAUCAAGACGGUAGUUGAUCAUACUCAGUCUUUCUACUGGUCAACCAGCUCUUACUCUGCGGAGUGCUCAUAGCUUUUUAGGAAAUUUGCGUCAACCAUGUUUACAUUACAUAUUUGCCACCUUGCGUUAAUUCUAGAUUUUUUUGUCCUUUUAGAAAAGGCAGUGAGGGAGGAAGGGCGGAGUGAGUCAGGAGAAUUACAUUCAUCCUUGCUCUGCAGGAAAGUGUUUAUUUGCCAGCGAAGAAAGGCGAACACAUUUUUAUAUUAGGAGAGCAGACUGGUCAUUUUCAAAGAAAAAUGGCUGUAACCAUACCUGUAGAAUGUUUCUGUGCAAGCGCACUAAUUUUCUAUCGCCUGCAUGCUGUAUAUAAUACAUUUGCCUGUAUACUAGGAGAAAAAGCCAGGCCGUUUUCCUUGUGUACAAUGCAGCUUGGGUGGCUGGGAACCUAAGCCUUCCAUACAUUUUUAUACUGUACAUAUUUGUAUAUACUAACUAUAUCGCCAUGUAUGAACACAGAUUUUGUUAUAUUUGCUCGUUUCUGUUUCCUACCAAACUGGCCCACAAUGGGGAUUCUUUUGUACAGAAAAAAAUAUGCUUGUAAUUUUUUUCCUGAUCAUUCUCUUUCAAUAGCUUAUGAAAGAAUUAGAUCUGAGUUUACAAAGAAAUUAUAAGAACCAAGUUUGUCUGUCUGCAUGAGUCCCAUCCAAUUGUUGGAUCUACAGAGGAACCAAGUCGUAAUUCAGAGUUUUCCUUGAAAGGCAUGCUUUACCCCUUGGGAAAACUGCAAACUCAUCCAUGUAGAAUUAUGCUCUUUGUAUUUUAUCUAAUAGUGCCUGAAAAUUUUUUUUAAAUGUCUUCUUAGAGGAAGAAUUCAUAAUUGUCAAAAUUUGAAACAUUAGCUUAAUUUUGUUUUUAUGACCUCGCAAUCCUUCUCCUUAUUUAUUCGGUUGCUGUUGUAAUGGGGCCCCAGGCCAUUCCUGACAUCGGCGUGUUCUUCUCCUGCAUUAAGGACGUUUUUAAAAUUACAGAGAUUACUGAGCCAACAGGCUGUUUUAAUCAAAAUCAUGUUUCACUUGUUUUUGAUGAUUAUAAAUUGUCCUUGCAAUGAAAAAUAAUAAGUUUUCUGCUAGGAAAAUUAUACCACCCUGUGGCCAAACAGAUUCAUCACAGAUUGGCAUCUAUGCUCACUUCUCUGGGAUCUGGAACAUUCUUCCCUGGACUGGCCACACUUUCUUUUACUCCCCAUCGUCCCGAAUGCUACUGCUCAAUGCAGUCACUAUUUGCAAAUGUCCAAAGGCUUGGCCGCGUCGUCGUCGCUGCCCAAAGACGAACCACCCAGCUGGAAGUGACGGCUUUCCAGCUUGGAAAAAAUGCAGGGAUUUUCAGAAAAGGUGCUCCUGCUUUUGGCCCUUGAUGCCACCAUCCUGUCAUCCCUCCAAAAUUACCAACAAUCUGGUCUUGAUAUCUCAUAUAACUUAAAUCAGGUCAAAAGAAACAUUCGGAUCAGCCCCUUGCUGAAUAAAAAUCACUUUGUUUGGGUGCAUUUCAGAUGUAUGCCUGUGUAGGAUGCUGCCACAUUGAAAUUAUCUCUAGAAGGAGAGGGUUUUUUUAAUAUAAUUUUACCACUAGAAAUAAAUUCUGAUGGUGGAGAUGAAGAAAAUCCUUAGAUUAUAUCACAGAAGCCAUUAUUUUUUACAUCUAAAGAGUUUUCUUUUUUUUAAGGAAAAAUCAUUCUACUUUGAGAACUGUAAUUAAAGCCCUAAAUAAUAGAUGCUACUUCUUUUAGCUAUUGUGAAAAAAUGACAAUACACUCGCCAAGGAUAUAUGGAGCCCCUCAUUUCCAUCAAAAAGGUUUCUAUAAGUGUAUUAUUUACAUUUUUUAACAUGAUAACUCUUCUUUGUGACGAAAAAAGGUCUUUUUUCUCCCACUCAGCAGUUAUUGGAAACAGACUGUUCCCAUCUGAAACCUUAUCAUAAUUUGCAUCAGGAAACCCAGCUGCCGACAUUAAGGAUCUGGGUGUGUUCAAUUAUGAUUUUGCUGGAGGCUGUCCCUCAUUUAAUGCUGCAGACGUUGAACCACCUUUCUGAAACCUGGCUGAUACAGUGGAGCAGAGACAGGCCUCCCAACACCAUUAGCUUUGCAAAUGGCUUCAUUUUAGUCAACAUUGACUUCCACUUUGGCCGACUGAAAAAUGAAAAUUAAAGAAGAGAAGAAGAAAGAAAAAAAACACACACAGAUGCACUUAAAACAUGAAAAGAAUUAUUUAUAUGAUAAAAAUAUAUUUAGAUUUUCAAAGCACAAGACUGAAUGGAAGUGCUCUUUUUAUGCUUUCUGAAGAUGUUACUGUUAAAUGUCUUUCUACAUCAGGCUUAAUAAAUCUGUAAUGACAUUUGA